AUGGCGAACCAUCACCCAUCUCCGCCAAUGCAGAUCCAAAUGCAUCAUGGCCCUCCGGGACCCCCUGGUGCCCUUCCACCAUCGCCCGGCUGGGUCCAAGGCCGCCAGACACUGAUGCAAUUGAACGAGAUAGUAUGGGUUCAGCUAGGUGCCGUAGCGGAGCUUAUGGGCAAUCUCGACGAAGCCUUGUCAUACUAUGAGAACGCUCUGCGGGGCAACCCUAAUUCUAUUCCGGCUAUGAAUGCUAUGAGUCUUGUCCUCAGGACGCGCGAAGAAUUCCCAAAGGCGGCCGAAUACCUCCAGGCGAUUCUAAAGCUCGACGACCGGAACGGAGAUGCAUGGGGGAGUUUAGGACAUUGCUACCUCAUGAUGGACGAUUUACAGCAGGCAUAUGCCGCAUACCAGUCAGCCUUGCUCAAUCUCCGAAAUCCAAAGGAGCCAAGGCUUUGGUACGGCAUAGGCAUCCUGUAUGACCGAUAUGGGUCUCUCGAACACGCCGAAGAGGCCUUCUCUCAGGUCAUGCAAAUGCAACCAGAUUUUGACAAGGCGCACGAAAUCUAUUUCCGCCUCGGUAUCAUAUAUAAGCAGCAGCAGAAGUACAGUUUGUCGCUCGAGUGCUUCAAGUACAUUGUCAACUCGCCGCCAACCCCCCUCACCGAAGAGGACAUUUGGUUCCAGAUUGGCCAUGUCCACGAGCAGCAAAAAGAUUACGACAGCGCAAAGGCCGCAUACCUUCGUGUUCUCGACCGUGAUCCCAACCAUGCAAAAGUGCUGCAGCAGCUUGGCUGGCUGCACCACCAGCAGAGCAAUAGCUUCUCCGCCCAGGAGAGAGCUAUCGAUUACCUCGAGAAGUCCGUCGCAGCUGAUAAUACGGAUGCUCAGAGCUGGUAUCUCCUUGGAAGGUGUUACAUGGCACAGCAGAAGUACCCUAAAGCGUAUGAGGCCUAUCAGCAGGCCGUGUACCGUGACGGCCGGAACCCUACGUUUUGGUGUUCGAUUGGUGUUCUCUACUACCAGAUCAACCAGUAUCGCGAUGCACUUGAUGCGUACUCUCGUGCCAUCCGCUUGAACCCGUACAUCUCAGAAGUCUGGUAUGACCUGGGUACUCUGUAUGAAUCGUGCAACAACCAAGUUAGCGACGCACUCGACGCAUAUCAAAGGGCCGCCGAACUGGACCCCACGAACCAACAUAUCAAGGCAAGGCUGCAGCUACUGCGGAAUGGGCCAGCGAACGGAGCCCCACCAGGACAGGCGCCCAUGCCAACAGAUGUCCACCCGCACACAUACCAAGUUUCCGGAGCUCUUGGUCCUCCUGGCCCCCAGUGGGCCGGAUCCGGCUCAGCACCGCAACCUCCGCCAGGGCCGCAGCCCAUGCUCGGCGCCGCUCCGGGACCAGGACAGGGCCCUAAUUCGUGGGGCGGAAGGAUCUCGGAGAUUAACCCUCCUCCGCAACCGCCCAACCCAUAUGCCCCAGAUCGUGAGCCCUUUCGUGGCCAAGCUCCCCCCAUUCCACGCCAGCCCAGCCCCCGGCAGGAGCAUCAGAUGAGGCCAUAUUUGGAUGCCGGCCGGGGGCCGGAGUCCCUGCGACGUGGAUUGUCUCCUCCGCCCCCUUCGCACUACGCCGCCCCUCCGCCGCCACCUCCGCCCCAGCAAGCUCAGCAGGCGCCUCAGCCAUCCCAGCUGCCCCCGCGGAUACGCAAUCCUACCUUUGGCGGCCUCACGUCAAAUGCCCUCCAGCCGUCGUCCGGACUGGGACCAAAUGGACCUCCACUGAUGCCGUACCGCACCAGUAGCCCGAGGAAUGAUGGCAGACCUCCCAUGCACGACAGCCGUAUGCCGUCGCCUAAGUCGGCGUAUCCGCAGCAUCAGCCGCCAUAUCCGCCGCACCCUGAGCAGGCUGGUCCGAACGGCCCUGAGCCUGGUGUCCCCCUUGCUCCCCAUCCGGGCAUGCCUUCCGAUCCUUCAAUGCACCGCGACCAUGACCCGCGCCCGCCGUCGGUCGGUCCUAAGCGUAGACCGGAAUGGGACGACGAGAGAGAAGUAAAGAAGCCAUCGACCGAGGAGAGCCGCGCUCGCAUGGAUGACGUGCGACAUCGCCGCCCAUCAACCCCCCCUCGCAUCGAACCACCAUAUCGCCGCAACUCGUCUGAAGCUCGCCGGUUUGAUGAUCGGCGCAUGGAAGACGCACGCCGGGCCGAAGACCAGCGACGAGUAGAGGAGAUGCGCCGCGCGGACGAGCAGCGUCACGCCAAUGACGGCUAUCAUCCUUCCGAGGCCGCGCAUCAUCCCCAGUCGCACUCGGUGGCCGCUCAUCUGCCACCAAUGCAGCCGCAGGGCCCGUCCCCUAUGCAGCAUGGCCCGUCCCCGAUGCAAAAUCUCAUCCAUGACGGUCCUGGACCUCAGCCAGGCCCCGUUCCAAAGGAAUACCCCCCUGCGCCCGAGGAAAGGCGAAUGGAGCAUCCCUCCUCUCACCCGCCCAUCAUCAACGAGCCCGAACGUGCCGCUCGUAAAAUGGAGGUUGACGAGGACUAUGAUGACAGUGGUGAGGAAGAUAAAAAGGCAGGGGUUGUUUCCGGGCCCACCUCGGGUCCAGGGUCCGCCACGGGCGAGAUGAAGAAUGGGACCCCGACGAGCGCGAGCAUCAACGGUAUUAUGGGGCAAAAGGUGGAGUGUAGCUGA